AUUUGAUCACGAAAACAGCAAUGUCAUGAGUGUCGAACUGUAUAAACCUUUGACAUUGACAUUUCUCAUAUACAGUUACCCUAUUGUAGAAGAACUAUGGAUUGAAGGUGUCGCUUCUAGUUAUACGAUAAAUGAAACAAUACAUGACUUUAGAAUAACUGAAACAAAGCUGUUGUACUCGGAAAUUGGAAAUAAAGAAAAUAUCAAAGGCUAUAAAUUUGCAUUUGAAAUCAAAAUAUUCAGCAAUGAAUAUGAAAUGUACAAAAUAUGGACAAAAAAUAGACUAGGAGAGGAUUCUUUUAGUUUCAGCAUCCGGGCUGUUGGUGUGCCAAUAUUUCUACGUGAAAACAGAAAUGUAAUUUAUGGUGAGCUUGGCGAACCUUUAACACUGACACUUCUCCUAUACAGUGACCCUUUGGUAGAUGACAUAUGGAUUCAAAGCGUCGGAACUGAUUGUAACCAAAAUAGAACAAAACAUGAGUUCAGGAUGUCAAACACAACUUUGUCGUAUACGGCUUUUGGAAACAGAGGAAAUAUAAGUGGAUAUGAAAUUGAAAUUGACACAUACAUUGAGAACAGCAAUGACUUCCGUGUUUAUCAUAUAUGUGCAAAGAAUGAACUAGGAUUAGAUUUCUUUAUAAUUGAAAUCAAGCCAUCUGAAUCUGGUGAAAACAACAAAAAGGACAGAACUGGACUCAUAACAAGUAGUAUAUUAGCCGGCGGUUUGUUGGUUUACAUAACUGUACUUCACAUCUGUCUUUUUGUCAGACACAGAAGGAAAAGAACAAGGCGAGGUCAUAUACAAGAACCUUUGCACUAUAACAAUUACGAUGAAAUAGGAUCAAUUUCCUAUGAAGCGGUCAACAUUCUUCGGUUAGAUUCUAAUCAACAAGGACCUAUGUUGCCCGCUAGAAUCAUAAGUAGUCCACAAAAUGAAUCUAUCACAACCACUAUUUACUAUCGACCUGCAAUGAAUGUUUCUACGUCUUCGAGAGUAUCACUUCAAGAAUCUGUAGUAAAUGCGGCGCGGCGCAGCUAUAAUGCAGAAAGAGCAAUCGAUACUUCUUCCCCGUUGGCUAUUGAGGAAAUAAGACACAGUGACGGAAGCUAUAAUGAAGAAAGUUUUGCGUCAACAGAUGAUUCAUUGGAGUCUUUUCAAAGAAGAAGUCAUCAAGACGAAACUUCGUCAAAUAGCAAAAGAACGUCAACGUGUUCAUCAACCAGUGACGAAUCUAGAAUGGAAGCAAAUGCAACAACAACAAUGGGUUUAAAUGUCGGUGACGGGUACGAAAACCCAUACCAAAUAGUAGUACACGAAAACCAAGGGACUCAUCAAUAUAGUUCAAUAAUUUAUCCUAGUGCGGCAGUUGAUAGUGCUAGGCCAACAUCUGACAUUGACAUACAAACAACUAAUGUAACAGAUUAUGUCAAUCUUCGUUUUUGACUGCAAACGAAAUUAUUUGCUAUUUGUGAGUAAACACUUGAUUACCACUUCUGCCACAAAUGAGUUCACUACCUGUUAUUGUUUGGGUUCGUGUUGCUCAAUUCAUAGGGAUUUCAUAUUUGUGUUGUCCU